GCCGCAUUCUGCACAGUCCUGUCUGUCGGUGGACACGGGAUGUGUCCACGGAGGAGGAUGCAUGUCCAUUCAAAGGGACGCUAACAUAUUCAUCCCACUUCGAAGGAAAGAACAUCUAACUUCAUCUUUAGUUUUUACCUCUUUUUCCAGCAAGUGAUGCUUUAGUGGAACGAAGACACAAAUAAGAGGACACUUUAUUUUCCACAUCAAAAUGGCAGACAAGGAUAGCGUGGAGAAAUAUUUGGAGAACAACCCACAAUUCGCCAAAGAGUACUUUGAUAAGAAAUUGCGUGCGGAAGCUCUGUCCGCCGCCUUCGCUGGACAGCUUGAUAUCAAAGACACCGCUUCGUUCAAGGAUGUUAACUCAGUGCAAGAGGCUGCAAUCAUCUUUGAGCUGGUCCAGGAGCUGCAGAACUCAGGGAACAUGGAAAAAAGCCUUCACAAGGUGUUGCAGAGGCUUGCACUGAUUUUACAGGCUGACAGGGUCAGCUAUUUCAUGUGCCGCUCCAGAAACGGAGUCCCUGAGCUCGCCACCUGCCUCUUUGACGUGACCCCGACGUCCAAAUAUGAGACCAACUUGGUAAACCCACAGAGUGAAAUUGUUUUCCCCACCGACAUGGGUGUGGUCGGUCACACAGUCACCUCCAAAAAGCCACAGAAUGUUCCAGACGUGACAAAGAACUCAAAGUUCUGUGACUUUGUGGACAAACAGACUGGAUACAAAACCAAGUGCUUGAUGACUUUCCCUGUUGUUGCUGACAAAGAUUGUCUCGGAGUUGUCAUGGCGCUUAACAAAAUAGGAGCAGAUUCCUUCUCUGCACAGGAUGAGAAGCUCUUCCAUAAAUACAUGACUUUUGCCCAAGUCAUCGCCCUGCAGAAUCACACAGCCUACAUGUUCAACGUGGAGUCCAGGAGGAGCCAGGUGCUGCUCUGGUCUGCCAGUAAAGUGUUUGAGGAGUUAACGGACAUCGAGCGACAGUUCCACAAAGCGCUCUACACUGUGAGGACCUACCUGGUAUGUGAGCGUUACUCAGUGGGGCUGCUGGACCUGACCAAAGAAAAGGAAUUUUAUGACGAGUGGCCUGUGAAACUUGGAGACGUGGAACCUUAUAAAGGACCAAAAACACCAGACGGCAGGGAAGUCAACUUUUACAAGAUCAUUGACUACCUGCUAGAAGGCAAAGAGGAAAUCAAAGUCAUACCGGCUCCUCCUGCAGAUCACUGGGCUCUGGUUAGCGGAUUGCCAACUUAUGUUGCAGAAAAUGGUUUUAUCUGCAACAUGAUGAACGUUGCUGCAGACGACUACUUCACUUUCCAGAAAGAGCCUGUGGAUGAGACUGGUUUCGUCAUCAAAAAUGUUCUGUCACUGCCCAUCGUCAACAAGAAAGAAGAGAUUGUGGGCAUCGCCACUUUCUUCAACAGGAAAGACGGGAAACCAUUCGAUGAAUAUGAUGAACAGAUCACGGAGGCUCUGACACAGUUCCUGGGCUGGUCAUGGCUGAACUGUGAUACUUAUGACAGGCUGAACCGAAUGGAGUGGAGGAAAGAGAUUGCCCAGGAGAUGCUCAUGUGCCAGACCAAAUGCACCCCGGAUGAAAUGCAAUCCAUUCUGAACACAAAGGAGAAGUUUGAUGCCGAACCUGAAGACUGUGACCAGAAAGAGAUGUACAAACUGUUGAGAGCAAACUGCCCAGCAGCAGACAACGUGGACGGAGAGAAUCUGUACUCGUUCGGCUUCAGUGACUUCCCCGUUACGGAGUUUGGCCUCAUUAAAGCCGGCAUCCGCAUAUUCUUUGAGCUUGGAGUUGUUGAAAAGUUUAAAGUUCCCGCAGAGACACUGACCAGGUGGAUGUACACUGUGAGGAAGGGUUACCGUGCCAUCACCUACCAUAACUGGAGGCAUGGUUUCAACGUAGGCCACACCAUGUUCUGCCUACUGCAGACAGGGAAGCUGAGGAAGUACUACUCUGACCUUGAUGCCUUCGCCAUGGUGGCUGCAGCUUUCUGCCAUGAUAUCGACCACAGAGGAACCAACAACCUCUACCAGACAAAGAGUGCAUCUCCUCUGGCUAAACUUCAUGGUUCUUCCAUCAUGGAGAGGCACCAUUUGGAAUACAGCAAGACGCUCAUGGGAGAGGAGAGCUUGAACAUCUUCUGCAACCUCCAGAAGCGACAGUUUGAGACUGUGCAACAUCUGUUUGACGUUUGCAUCAUUGCCACCGAUUUGGCGCUUUACUUCAAAAAGAGAACGAUGUUCCAGAAUAUUGUUAAUGCCACAGAGCCGAUGACAGAUGAAAAGGAGGCCACAGCUUACAUUUCCAACAACCCCAUCAGGAAGGAGAUCAUCAUGGCCAUGAUGAUGACAGGCUGUGACUUGUCAGCCAUCACCAAACCUUGGGAGGUACAGAGCAAGGUGGCUCUGAUGGUUGCAGCUGAAUUCUGGGAACAGGGUGAUUUGGAAAGAAAUGUCCUGGACCAGCAGCCAAUUCCCAUGAUGGACCGAAACUGUGCAGAACAGCUACCCAAGAUGCAGUGCGGUUUCAUUGACUUUGUGUGCUCAUUUGUGUACAAGGAGUUCUCGAGGUUCCACAAAGAGAUCCAGCCCAUGUUUGACGGCCUGAACAACAACAGGGCACACUGGAACGAGCUGGCAGAGGUAUACAAUGCAAAGAUGAAAGCUAUUGAAGACCAAAAGAAGAAACUAGAAGAAGAGGAAGCCCGGAAAGCAAGUGGCGAUGGAGGGAAAUCUAAGACCUGCACCAUCUGUUAGGAUCCUCUACCCUGGAUUAAUGUGGUCUGAUUAGGCCUCCUCUAGACUGCACUAGUCUUUCUGGUUUGACAAGUCAUCUACAAGCCAUCUUUUUUGGGAUCUGGCAGUUCCUUCGGGCUCACUUUGCUGCCCUCCAGUCUGGCUCUGGUUCUGUGUACUAGCUUAGUAUUUAGAUUUGGAUAACGGCUGCAGAUCAUCAAGGACGGAAGAAAAAUGUAUCAAGACAUCUUGUUGGGACUUUGCAAAGAGAAGAUGCUUGACUUUGAAGAAAUGUUUGACUUUUCCUGGUUUGAACAGCUCUAUGGACAUUAAUAAACAAAGGAAGAUAUUUCCUUUUAACAUAGUCAAUUUGUGGCAUGGUUUGACAUCGCGCUUCUAUAAACUCAUGUGAAUUUUGCUGAGGUGUAAACUGUCCAGGAAACACAGUUUAAAAAGGUAACACUGGAGCUCCUACCGUAGGUUGCACAAUGCACUUAGCCGCUGUUUCUGUUUUAGCAGCGGCAGGGCGAAACAAAAUGAAGGAAUGCCAGCCUGAGGCAGAAUAAAAAGUUUUUAAAAGUUGAAAUAUGUGAACUUCAUAUUUAUAGCACUUGAAUUAAAAUUUGACCAUUUAGAAAAGUGUGUUACAAUUAUGAAUAGAUUCUAUCUUACCCAUUGUAGAUAACUCCAGGAAUGGGAUUUUACAUCUUACAUGACUGAUGAGCUAACCACUAGUCUGACUCUGAACACAGCUAAGACCAAAGAGAAUCCUGUCAUAAAACGGCUCUAAUCUAUAAAAUGUCACAUUCCUUACAAAUCUGCAUUACUUGGUUCUUUUUUUAACCACAGAAAAGAAACACAGAAUGAAUGCACAGAAGAUCCUUACAAAUCUGUUUUUCAUAGUUAAGAUGUGCCAUCUAGGCUUAUUUUUCCACCAUUUUCUUGUGGA